AUGUCGCACAUUGACCAGCUCCACAAGUUCUACUAUGCAAAUGUGAGUUUUUUUAUGUUUUUUUUUAGGAAGCUUUGAAGUUUGAAAAUAAAGCUUUUUAUGAAAAGAAAAACUUAGAUUUUAUGAACUUAAAGGGUUCGAAAUCAUUUUCCUUACUUAAUAAGAAGUAUUUCAUAAUUUUUUUUUUGAGAAAGCUGGAAAUUUUCUUAAACUCUAUCAAUAAUGGCUUUAUAAGGAGUUCAUGACUUUUCUUCAAAGUUUCCCUUCAGACUCUUUUUUUUUACGAAAAAGUUUUUUUCUCAAAAAAUUUAGGCCUCAGUUUUUAGAGUCAGUGUCUCGGAGCAUUUGGAAAAAAACCUUUUUUCAAGGCUUUCGAAAGUUUCCCGGAAUGAUUCCCUUCAAACUAGGCUUGUUUUUCAAUAGAAAAUACAUCGAAGUCAAAAAAAAAAAGUCAACGUGAGCAAAAAAAAAGACCGGGUCAGCGGAAAAGGCAUUUUGCAUUUUUGAUGUCUUCACCCAGUCGAAUUUUCCUCAAAGCUUUGAACUCGACUCCAUUUUGUUUAACACUAUGUUAGCUUGUCACAAACUUGAAAAAAACCGUUUUGGGGAUCUUAAGGCGAACAACUUUUUUUGAGAAAAACAAGCUGUGAAUUGAGUUUUAUUCAGCAAUUAAAAUCUGACUCACUUCUGCCUAUUUUUCGGGUUAUUGUUGUUUUUAAAGUGAGAUAUUGAAGAACUCAAUUUUCUUUCAUUUGAUGCCCAUUUUUAAUGGAAGGUUUUUUUUCAAAACGAAAAUUCCCAAAUAUUUUGGAAGACCUGUCGAGAAGAUAUGACUUCGCGUUAAAUCGCAAACCGCUACUCCCUUACGUCAUCCCUAUGACAUCAUCUUCAUUUGCAAAAUUCGCACACGCAGCCAUAUCAUUUUAUUCAUUUUUUACGUUCCAAUUUAUAAAAAUUAGAUUCGACGUGAAAACUUUUCCGGUCACAUGAGAAACAGAAAGAUAUCACACUUGAAAAUCCCCUUUUGAUCGGAAAACUUUUUUUAAUUCUUCUAUUUUCUUACUUUUUUUAGAAACCUUUUAAAGGUUUGGAAUAAUCCGAGGCGUCGAGGCCCACGCUUACGCAUAGAAUGUUCCUUUAAAAUUUUUCUUUUUUUUUUUGGGAAAUACAUUUCACAGAUUUUUCCGCUACGCGUAUCAAGUUUGCAAAUUUUUUAGAGCUACCUGAUAGUGUUAUUGUGUCCACGUUUUGAAACUAAAUGCAUUUUAUGUCAAGUAUUCAUUUAUUUGACGAAUUUUUCACUGUGGCUCAGUUUUUUCGAAGCGAGCCACAGUCGGCUUCGCGCUAUGCGCGCUCCGCCUCCGUGUGAAGCCUUAAAACUAAGCCUAUUUUCUUAAGUAAGGCAUGAACCUGUAGGCGCAGUUUUAAUGCAAAGGCGCAAUUCAGGCUCUUCCCAUUCUUCAAUUUUUUCAAUUUAAAUUUCAAUUCAUAUCAAUUUAUUCAGUCUUCAGAGUAAGAUGAAGAAAAUCUCUGCUGAAUCAUGGUAUAAUCGAAGAGUUAGUCGUCGGCGCGAGUUACGGUCCACAAUAGUUGUCCAAUAAGUCCCGGCGUGACAACUAGCAGGAAAUAAUGUUGGCCCGUUGGUAGUACCAGCUAAUAAACUGCUUCACCAUGUCGGAACAGUACGGCGCCCAGCUUGUCCGGGGCUGACGGGCGUCGGAAUAUUAUCCCAUGAGAGAGCGGCAAUGAGACUGACCAGUCGACGUGAUGAAAUGAGAUAAUAAUAAUCUGCUGAAUCAUGUUCACGUGAAUAAAAUGAAUAUAUAGCCAAAUAUUUCGAUUACGCUUAUUUCUUGUGUUACGAAUGAUGUCAUAGGGAUGACGUCAGGGAGUAGCGGUUUGCGAUUUAACGAAAACUGAAGAUAUGGGAUUGAUCUCGAAAAUCGGAAAAUUGCUUUUUUGCCCUGUUGUUACUGGUACCUGUUGCAUAUACUUUUUGAUGUUUCAUAAAUCUCUUAUUGAAAAAGAAAUUGAACAUCUUAUUCUGAAACCAUGCUUUCUGUACUAUUAGAAUAAUGAAAAAGGCGUUCUGAAUCAAUUUUUUUGGCCAGAAAUCCGCUUAUUCCUCCUAAAUCUUGCGUUUAUCUGACGAAAAGCUCAACUUUUUUUCUUUCAAACGCCAUAUUUCAUUUUAGUUACUCUACUUUUUGCGGGAAAGUUCUGUGAAAAUAAAGUUCGUCCUUCAAUUAAGAAAAUUUUAAUUGACUGGUCGGAAAAAUUCAUUUUUUUCUCAUUUCAAUUCAUUUGAAGCAAAAAGCUUGUUAUUUUUUUGACAGCGAGAAAAAAAUAUAAUUGCGUGGCAUCAGAAAUAAAUUGAGGAAUGAGAAGAAGAAGAAAAAAAUCGACCAAAAAUCAUUGAAUAUUCUGCUUUUUUUCAUCACCGGCUUCUCGUGUUUUUUUAUAUUUUUUCUAUUAACAUUCAUCAAUUUGUAUUUUCGUUUCCUUUUUUUGUUUAGUUUUCUGUUUCAAGUUGAAAAAUCGUAACUUGAAAAAAAAAAUUCUGUCGUUCCACUUCGCAUAACUUUAAUACUGAGAAAUAUGCAACAAGUUUUUUUUUUAAUUUUCAAGUUUAAAAUUUUUUCUCAGUUUUUCAAGCACUUUUUCAAACUGAAUGUUGAUUAACUAUUAAAUAAGGUAAAGCUAUUUCUGGAAAGUGUGAGAUUUUGGCAAAAAGUUUUUUUUUUAAAAUUUUUCCUCAAUUCGGAAUUUUGGAACGUAAAACUCUUGAAAAAAACGAGUUUAGCAUUUGUCUUUUGUGUUUUGGAAGGCGCUUGAGAAAAGGACAAAAAGCCGUUUUUCAACUCAUUUCGCGGCCGACGACGACGACGGAAAGCUCCUUUUGGGCUGGAUUUUCGCCUCAUUUCCGGCUUCCUACUUUUUCGUCACCCCAUUCAUUCUUGCGUUGUACUUGAACAUGUCUAGGCGUUUUUUGGAUUACUAGGUACUUCUUCAGAAAAAUUUGAAUGUGUUACGAAAAAGGAAGGUUUUUAAACAUACUACAGAAGACAGUAAAUCUCUUUCCAGGUAGACUGGCAAGAAACUAUAACUUUGAAGAAUCAUUCUCUAAAUUUUAGUAAGUUCAUACAUACCCAAGCACGCUAUGGAGAACUCCUUUUACGAUUGGUUGGCUCCGCCUCUUUUUCUGGGAGACCAGAACCCAAUGAACCAUUAUAAUUGAAAAACAUCCUGUUUUCGCUGAAAUACUCAAAAACUUUGAGGAAACUAUGAGAAAACCCUCAAGGUUGACGAACAUUUUGCGAAUUUUUCAAAUCUUGAAGUUCAAUUUUAAAGGCAUAGGGGCAGUAAAAAAUGGGGUUUCAGGUAAAAGCAGUAUAGUCGAUGUGCCACAAGUUGAAAUUUCAUGGAACGACACUCCGCUGUUUCGAUUUUUGUGCGGUAGCGCGCAUCUGGCGAAUUUGCCAACUUCGGCCACGCUAAUUUUUUUGGUUUUUCAUUCUAAUUUCGAUCGUUUUUUUAUUGUUUUAUUUCUUUAAAAAUGUAAUAUUAUCGUUGAAAAGGAUUGCGUUGUACAAAUGUAAAAAGAAAGAACACAGUAAAUUUCAAGAUGUUUCUCGAAAAAAAGCGAUUAAAAAAAGUUUGAAAAAAACUUCAUGUAUUCUUCAAUCGCUUUGAUAUUGUUUUUUUCUCGUUUCUCAAAAAAAGUUUUUCAAAGACUUACCAAAAAGGAUUUGCGGGUGAAACGCCACAAUAUUCUACAAUAGUUUCUGUGUUUUUUUAAAGCCAUGUUUUUAAUGUUUUUCAUCGUUUUUCUGUUUGCAGUCGUUAAUUGUUUUUUUCAGAAAGUGAGCGCCUUAUAAAAUGAAGAUGUGUACUUCCAUGAGCACAUGCACCAUAAUUUGAAGAAAGGUUUUUCGUUCCUUUUUUUAAAUGGAGCUUUAGAUAAAUCGUAUUGCUGAACUAUGCGUCAGAAAUGGGACGUGAACAGUGGGCACAUGGAAUAGUGGAAACGAUGUGCUGAACGAAAUGUCCAGAAAACUAAUAAUUUUUCCUUUGAACUUAUGCAUCUGUUUUUUUUUUAAAUAAAAAUUCGUCAAUGUAGAAACAUUCAAUUUUUUUAAAAUCAUUCGUAUUUUAUUUCUGAUUGGGAUAUUUUUUUUACAUGAUUUGAAAUGAAAAAAGAAAUGUCGAUAAAGGCUCAAUGAAGGUAAAAUAACGGAAUAUAUUGAACAAAAACCAAAGACCAUCUCAUGAAAAAAACUUUCAAAUAUUAUAAACGCAUUUUUUUCGCUUAAAAUUCGAAAAAUUACUCUACUUUAUUUUUUUAUCAAUGAAACAGUCUAUCCUCUAGAAAAAGAUAAUUAUGAUUUUGGCGCGAAGAAAAACUAUUAAAAACAUAAUUAAAAUAAUGAAAAUUUCGAAUAAAACAAAAAAAUGGAAAGCGCGACCGAAAUUCGUAAAGGCAAGGCGCUUUCACGGCCACGGCCACCCAACGGAGUGUCGUUCCAUGAAAUUUCAAGUCGUGGCACAUCGACUAUAUCUUAUAUAGUUUUUCUUUGCGAAUCGAAUGGUGUACUCGAAAAAAUUAAACAUGUGACAACUUUAGAAGAAAAACGCGAUUUUACUUUCCCGCCUUUAUUUUUGAAAAAAGCUUUGGAUCGGUAUGCAGACAAAUGUUUACAGUAGCCGUGCACGCGAUGUUGCGGACAACUCAUUAGACUCGCGUUUUGUGAGAAACAACUGAAUAUCGGCUUCAAAUAAAAGGUUUCUACUCUGAAAAAUUGAUUAAGAAAACGGAAAAAACACAUCGAUAAUAAAGGAAACACAAAAAUCGCAAUCCCAAUCGAAACCUGUGUGAAAUCAUCAUUUUUCACCAGAAACGCAUUUUUGCGAUUAAAGUUGUAAACUAUACAUGAAUAGAAAGUUUUUUGUGACGAAAAGAACUUUAAUGACAACAGAGAAAAAAUUGAAAAUUGAAAAAAACGAAGAAAAAAGCGAAAAUCCGGAAGAUGGCGAAGCCUGUUGUCCAUAGAGCAACUUUACUGCCAAGUGCCCUUUUUGCGGGAACUCAAGCUUUCCUUUCUCCGACUUUGAAUUAUUUUUUCUCCAAAACUAAGAACUUCUGUACGUUUUCAAGUUUACCGUUCGAUUCGCACUGAAAAGCUCUGCAAAGGACGGCUUUGAAGUGAAACACCGUUUUUUACUGCCCCUAUGCCUUUAAAAUAUUUUUCCAGUAAAAGGUCGUUUCGAAAAAAAAAGUGAUGAGGUCAAAAAUCUUCGCUUCAAGACCCAACCAACAACCUCAACCAACAAUUAUACGAGAGAGGCUCGGGGAAACGUGCUUCUCGCGCCUUUUUCCCUUUUCAAUCCCAAGAAGAAAAAAAAACUCAGAACCUAUUCAUAUUCAUUCAUUCAUUGGCUUCACUUGGUCGAACUUUGAUUCUCCUUGAAAUCCGUUUACUCUUGGUAGGCAGUUUCAUGUAUCAAGUGUGUUUCGUCGCUUCUCGAAAGAAGAAAUUCAAUACUGAAGAGGAAGAUUCUUUCAAGUACCCCAGGCUUCUUGAGGAGGCUUGGAAAAUUCACAGAGAAACUUUGUCAAAUAAGUGAUUUUGUCGUACCAGAAGAGUUCAUCCGCUUCCAAGACAUUUACUAAGUUUUUUUAAUAUAUUUUUUUCGAAAAUCGGUCAAAAUUUUUGAAGUACGCGGAAAUAUAACUCCUCGAAAUCUUACAGAUGCCUUCGUCUAUUUCAUCUUCCAUCUCGACGUCAUUCUCCUCGUCACUGCAGAGCUUCAUGACGUCAGCUUUCCCAACGUCUUCAAGAUCCGCCGCACGACGACAUGGGAAUUCUGUGGGCUCUUCGGGUUCGACGUCCGCCGCGAGCAGUGUAGUGGAGGAUCUUCACGCUCCUCCUCCUUCUCGUGACAGAAAUCGGAGUGAGUAAUCGCAAAAAUAACUAAAAUGCGAAAAAUGGUCUAUCAAUCACAUUUUUAUCAUAUCAAUGCAAGCGCUUACACAAGCGAAAAGUGCUAUGUUGAAAGUUACUGUAAUCAAGUUGUGCAAACACGUGCCGGUCUGCAGCUUUGCGUCGUCGCCUGAAAGUAUUUUUUUUCCCUUUUUUUUCUUUUUUUUUUUUAAUUGUUAAAAUAAAUUCAAAUGAUGUGUUUAUUGGAGAAACGGAGCAUUUUCUAAAUCGCCAAAUUUGUUAAUCGUCGUGCCCAAGUUGAUUCGAAAAGUUUUUAAUUUUCGUUUGAUAGCGUUCUGAAGGAAGUUUAGUUUUUUUUUCGACUUUCACGCCUUAAUGAAAAAGCAUACUUUUUGAAAUUUUUUCAACCGAUUUUGUGCGAGCUCUUCUGCAUCUUUGUGUUGCAACAUUCAUAUAUUUCUGUUUUUUUUAUGCUGCUUUUCAUAUUUCCCCUUAGUUCAAAUUAAUUCCACCGUUUUGCAGCGUCGACGGGGCCUUGGUCUCGACGAAGCACAAGACUGGACGACAUUCGAGAAGCUUCAACGUCCGGCGGCAGCGUUGCGCCACGACCGCCAAGGUACGCCAUUUUCUUCGUCUUCUUUUUUGCAGUUACUUUUUAAGGUUGCAAAAUAUGAUCGUCACAAUAGUUUUAAAGCGAAAUUUCUGGAGGAAAAUUCUCCUGAAAUUGGUCAUUUUUCUUGUUUUACCCGUUUCAAAAUUAGUUGUAUUUAUACUUGGUAGACUUCUCAGGAUGCAAAUUUUUACGUAGAAUCUAAUUUUCUUGCUUUGUGAGUUCGUUUCAAGAUCAUUUUUGACAAAACGUUCUAAAUGGAAAAAUUUUUUAUUUUUUAGGUUCGUGCUGAUAGUUUAGUAAUGUUAAAUGAUCUGUCUUUUUGUUUCAAUUAGAUCUCAAGUUCAUUCAAUUUUUCGGACUUUUAGUACGAUGGUCGGACUUUCUUAUAUCAGAAAGUUUUCCAUUCUAGAAGCGAUUUUUUUUUCAAACUUUUCGAAAGCAUUUUAAUCGCGAGAAGAUCAUCACAGUAUAUUUUCUAGUGUUCAAUUAAACUUUUUUUUUUGUGAAAAAAAAAUUAUUUUGUCUUGGACCCGGGGAGGAAGUUAUCUGAGAAAGGUGUACGUAGCGAUGGAGCUAGGCGAAAAUAAUUUAUGCAGAGCAAAGGAAUUACGUUUGGCGUAGAAGAAGAGGGGGGAGGCAAAUGCAAUGGAAUUUGAUCUUCACCCGCCCUCCUCGUCUUUCGUUUUUCCUCUUCUUUUUUUCCCAAUUUUUUUUCGGGUUGGUGCUCAGUCAAGCUUAUGAGUGAACAUGGUUCCGGUAAAAACGUUGAAAAAGCUGAUUUUCGAUUCUAAAGCUCAUUUUUGAAGAAUGUCCAAAAAAAAGAUGCCAUGUUCCAUCAAAGUUUGAGUUUAUCAGUGAUUUUGAAACGUCUUCAUUUAAAAUUCGCGCUUUUCUUAGGUUUACCAGAAUUUUCCGGCAUUCUUUGAGCCUAAUAUUUGGUUGCGUCAUCCAAAGUUUUCAAAAAAUACUGUUUUUGCGCAGAAGUAUUCAGUUGUAGCACUUAUUGGCAUCUUAUUAUUUGUGUGAAGAGAACAAAAUUGCUUCGAAGAAGUUGAACACAAAUGAAGUGAUAAGUUAUUGAAAUCAGAAAAUUUCAAGAUAUUGGAAAACAACUAAUUUUUGGGCACUGUUGAAAAAAGGGAUUUUCAAACCGACUUUUCACGUUUGUUCUGGUGUAUCGUAAUUUGGUUACUAUAAGUCUCAAAAGACAUGUAUUCAAGCUGAAAUUUUCUGUGAAAAAUUGUUUUUGUAAUUUUGAAAUGAGGUAGGGUCACGAGGCGAAAUGUAAAAGCUCUUUUUUAUUUUAAUAAGGUCGAAAAAUAAUUUUUAAAUGAAACCCUCUGCAAAUUUCGAUUUGCAGCGGCUCUAAUGACAGUUAUUUACGAAGGAAGAAAAAAAGGUCUUAUAGAAUGAUUUUCACGAGCAGCAAAAGAGCAGACUAUUAAUAAAUUGGGACAGGUGAAUUGUUUGUGGGCCAACUGAACAGCUGUUCGUUGUCCUCGUAGAACCUGCAAAAUAAAUCUAUUUUUUUCUCGCCCACAAGUCAGCUUCAUAAUUCAAUUUGAUGGUUUCAUUUUUGUCUAGUUUCUUUUUCAAAGUCCGCAAAGGACGUUUUUUUACAUUUUAUAUUUAUCAAAAUUGGAAAAAAAGCCCCUUAAUUGAAAGAAGUUCAGUUUGGGAAACAUUUUUUGUUUUUUUCCGGUUUUUAAUCGAUUUUUACGAAGAAAGUCACAUUCCGCACUAUUAUUUAUUUAUUACUCCGUUUUGGACUUUGAAAAGUGAACAGGAAAUCCAGGAAAAAAGCGUCUCUUCUCGUUCUUUGUUGUCUGCUCCCUUGGGAGCUUUUUUCGGACAAACUUUUUUUUCCUCCUUCUUCGUCGGAGCGUUUUAUUCACGCUUUCCAUCAUUUCUCUCUGUGUGGAAAGCAACUUUUUACUUACUUUUUUUGGUUUAAAUCAUUAAUUUUUAAAAAAAUUGUUUAGUUUAAUUAGGCAAUUUUUUUCGUUUUAAAUUUGAAACAAUAUUCAUAAAAGUGCAUCUUUAUACAACAUUUUGAAGAUUGAUUUCUUUUUUUGUUAGUCGUUGAGAUACGCCGGAAUAGCAACAAAUUUUUCCCAACCUAGCAAAUAUUGACGUUACUUUAUAGCUCUCCUUCUAAAUUGUUAACUGUUAUUUUUUAUUUUUUGGAUUCCUAUUUUCUUUUUUUUUAUUUUGACAGCUGAAAGUUAGCUUUUUUCAGAUUCAGACGCGUCAAAAUAAAUGAGUAAAUCGACCAGAAUAAUAAAUUUAGGUGAUUAUUCAAAAAGCUAUCCAAAAUAACCUACUUUUACACUUUGAUAAGAUUUUUAUAAAAUUUUUGCACUCGAUGCUAAGAAAAUUUUUCGAAUUUAGGUGCAUUGAGAUGAGAUUUUGAGGUUCCUCAAGAAGUGUCAAAUCGCAUUUGACGGCACUUGAGAAGGGCGAAUUUUUUCCCUUUUUCGUCCCUUUUUUCCGUCGGUCAUUUUCAGCCGAAAUACCGAUUAGCGUUUCAUUUUUCGUUUUUUUCUUGACUCUUUUCUAUUAAACUAUUUUUCAAGCCGUUUUUUUAUCGUUUUUAAUUCAUAGAAAGAUGAUUUUUUUCACCGUGUUCAACCUUGAAAUUUUGAGUCUUUCAUAAGAAAAUGCUGUGAAUUGCACUACUUCACUUUUCGGACUUCACGAUUUUUCUUCAGGAAAGCUGGUACAUUUUCUCGAAUUUGCGGGUUUUUUUCUCAUCAGAAAAAGCUCAAAGGAUUCGAAAGGUUUUGUAGUCUGGUCGAAUGAUAUCAAGAAACAAGUAGGGUGUUUAUUUUAAGAAUUGUAUUUUGAUACAUCGAGUUUUGAGCCUUAGUUUGUACUUUUUUGCGCUUAUUUAUGAGUUUUGAAGCUUUCUCUUGCCAGAAAAAUUCAUAGUUUUCAUAUUGAAUCUGUAAGAUGAAGAAAACUUUUUUUUUUCGAUUUUCACCGGCUUUCAAAUCUAACCAAAGUACUAAUUAAUGACUCAUUGUUAUUGUUUUUGCGCAUUUGUAGCUAUGGAAUAUUUUUGUCUCUAUAGUGUGGAAUUGGUGGCUUUUUGCGAACCGUUUUCAAAAUUUCAUUUUCAAAAAUACCAAUUUAAAAAAAAAAUUUUGCAUUUUCUUUCUAUUGUUCUUAGGUUAUUUCAACAUUUUUUUAGAAGAGUUUUUUUCAAUUUUUUUCAAACAUGAAGCCAAUUUUCAAUUUGAAGACUUUAAACCUCGAUUUUCGGUAGUUUUCUUCAUAGCGCGCAUGUUAUAACUUUUAUGAGGCUUUUUGUUCGUAACUUGAACUGAAGGUAAUUAGAAUUUUUAGUUGUUUUUUUAACGCUUUAAGUUUUUCAGAAAGACUUUUCCGGUUUUUUUUUUCAAAACCUGAAAUUUCUGAGCUCAAACAUUUUACUGGACAAAGGGUGCCGCGCAGACGAGAGGCCAAAAGAAAAAAAAUCUGAUUAGCCUCAAAAUCGAAUACUUUUUUUCGCCCCGGGGUGUCUAACAUUUCGACCCGACGAACCGGCGGAUUUUCCUCCUUUUUUUGCCUUUUAUUCUCUUCUCUUCGGCUUGACAUGUAUUUUUUUUCCCACGUUAAUUCGAUCGGUCUUUUUUGCCGUCUUUUCGUUUGCCUGAUAUGUAUAUAUACAUAUCCGUCAUGUUUCUCUCCCCCUUAUAUACGCGGCUCACGUCGCAAAGGGCCGAAAUGUCAAAUCCCCUGCAGUUUUUAUUUCAUUUUUUUAUUGUUUCAUGCUGUUCAGAAGAUUAGAAUCGUUUCUUUUUUUCGAUUAGAAUCAUUUUUGGAUGCUUCGAAAUUCAAACUAGUACACUCAUUUGUAGUUUCUAGCUUCUUGCUUUGUUCUUAAAACUUUUUAAAAAAAGCUACAGUCGAAUAAUUAAAUUUAAUUUCUUUGCAAAAAGUAAAAAAAUAACUCCUACAAGUAUUUUUUUGCACCUUUACCAUUUUUUUGUAUCCUAAUAGAAAAUAGGCGGUUUUUCUGACAUACUCUAUAUACCACUGGCUCAACAAAAAAAAAAUGCAUUUACAUCCCAUUUUUGCGCAUUUUUUUACCCUUUUUUUUAUAAAAUAAAUUCCAUCUGAAUAAUCCAUAAUUACUGCGGAAAAAAAUUAGUCAUGCUCAUGAAAUUCAUCUUCGUCUUCAAUAAUAUUUUCCAAUUGAGAGUCCAUUUUUUCACCUAAUUUUCAUGUUAUUCCGUGGAAUUGUAGUUAAUUAAUCCAUUUUUCUUGCCCUUUUUUCACACGACGCUCUUUUUUCUUCUGUCUUUUGUUUUGAAUUCAAUGCCAGUAGUGAUAAACAGAUGGAGAAUGUCAGAAAUCAGUCUUUUAACCGACUUUGAGUCAUUCUCAAAUCGAAAAGUUUCUUUCAUUUUUUCAUAUCAAAAAAAAAAAAAAUCAAUUAUUGGUUUGAAAAAAAUUGAAUAGGGAAAAAAUCGAAAGGAGAGGUUAGAAACUGAUAGAUUUUGUUUAUUUUGAUCAAAAAGUAGCACAAAAUAUUUUUGAAAAUGUUUUCGGGAGUUUUAAAAGUUCUGUCUGGGAGAAAUUUAUGUACAUUUGAUAUAUCUGGGACUCCAGUAAGAAAAAAUAUAUUUUGAAAAAUUAUACCUGACUUGACGCACGUUUUUCUCGUAAGGAAUGGCUCGAGGCGCAACCAUUGCGUUUUGGCCGCAUUGCACUGCCUGACAAAAAACGGUUUGCGCGCAAUAGGAUCCUCGAGUGAGCUAGCUUCUCAGUAAACCCACGGUCGAUGCUGUUCAAAAGGCGUCCAGUCGGGUUCAAGUCGUAGUUAUUGAAAUAUAUACAGCACAACUCGAUUUGGAAGCUAUUCUCUACAAAGUUUGAACGUAUUUUGUAACUUAUAAGCAACUUUCAUAACUUAUCUGCACUGAAUCCAGGAUUUUAGCAGUCUCGCAUGUCUGCGCCUUCUUUUCUCUCAAUGGAGAGGUCAUAGAAUCGUGAAAACAGCACAUGAAAACAAGAGAAUCGCUUGAAAAGAGAGAACUUUGAUAAAACAGUCUGUUCCGUUUUUCCUUAACCUGGUUAUUUUCAAGAAAUAGGUUCUUCUGAAAGAAAAGUCUUUGUUGACCAUCUACUGGCCAAUUCGGAUCCCCUCUCUAUUUUAGAUAACAAAUUACGGAAAAAAACGAACCAAAUUGGGUAGGAUGAAUCGGUUUGGAAAAGGAAGGAUUGGUGCGGGAUGCAGCAUUCGUUACCUCUUUGAUUGGCGUCCGGAAAUCUGCUCCAUUUUCUCCCCUCUCGUUUUUUUUUCCAAAGCCAUUCCCCUGCUAUCCGUAUACAUACUCGAAUUAAUCGUUCUCAUUUAUCGGGAAGACCCUUCCGGCCGCCUUUUCGCCCAUUUUUUUCGUUGGAUUUUUGGACCUUUGGACGUUUUCGCGGUGAUAUUUUGAGCUUUUGGGAUUUUUCUUCACUUCGAAAAUCGUGUUUUAAGAGUUUUAUUGAUAUUGCAAAGCUGAGUUAGCUGCAAAAAAUCAGGAAAAAAGGAAAAUAAAAACACUUUUGGCCUUGGAGCGCACUUCAACAAUUUUUUUCCGCCUUCAUCGGAAUUUUAAACUUUUGAGCAUGCCUUUAAUAGUUUUUGAACUCACAUGGCUUUUUUUUCAAAUAGCAUAAGCAACAUAAAAUCAGUUUUUGAGAAUUUUUCAAAAUCAAAAUUCAAAUGGAAGAAAAAAUAAUGUAAAAAUCAGUUAAAAUCUUCUUGGAAAAGAAAAAAAAUUUUAGAUUAAAAGAGGCUUCAUCAUUUAUUUUGCGUUGAAUGAGGAGAAAAAUAAUAUUCAUGAAUAUAUGGAACUUUCAUUGCGCGUACUUCAAACGCGCCGGGGGAGGACUCUCUUUCUCGUUAUUUUUGUUCGCUGAGGCAUUUCGGAGGCUCAUUGAGCACCUUCAUUUCUGCAAACCGCCUUCAACUCUUCUCCGUCGGCGAAUUAAAAAAGCAUCGCAUCAAGUUGAAAAUUCUUCCGACUUCUGGAAGUAGAAAAGUCGGUCACAAACGAGCUUUUUUCGCUGAUUUUUUUGUAUCUGAGGAGUAGCGACCAGUUUCAAACAAUGGCAUAAUAUCAACUUCCAAAUGGACGUGUCCAAUCUUUUUUUUUGUUCGUCCACUUCACUUUUCGCUCAGUUUUAUCACAUUUAUAAGCUUGCGACAUUGAGAAGAAUCCUAAAAAAGCAUUCACAAUGUUUUUUUUUCAAAUCAACUUUUUAGUUCUUCAUUAAAUUAAAUUAUUUUUUAAAUUUUAUGAUUAUAGGUAUUUUUUUGGUUAUUCGGAAGCUAAUUUUUUUGGUGGGAAUUCUGCCUCUAAGCUUCACGGCUUCUUGAAACUUUCAGGAAGAAAGUCCUUUUCAAAAAUUAUUUUUCAAUCGCAUUGUUUUUUUAAUAGACUACAGGAAAAUAUGAGCUCAAUCCAUUCCCAAUGCGACCAUUUACAGUAAUCUGAACUUAACUUAAACUGAUAGGAGUUUUGAAAGAUCUUCAAAAUCCUUUUUCUCUUCCAAGUUUGUUGAAGAUUCUAAAGAAAUCCUCAAAAUGUUCAAAUUUUUUUCAAAAAAAGUUUUUUUAAUUUUUUUCUAGGUUCCUAAAAAAAUCGUUUAUUGGCGUAUUUUUUUGCCUCCUUCUCUUCUUUUUCAACUGUGUUGAGUGUGGUAUUGACGAUGAGAGUGGAAAAGUGAAGAAAAUUAACUUCGUUUCAUAUUUUGCUUGCACACAGAGAAGAAAGCAAAGGCAAAUUGGAAAUGAUUUGAUUCGUUCGUUUCGAGAAAAAAAAAAUAUAUUUUGCUUUAUGUUUUUGCUCGUCUCAUUGGGCGGCUCUUACUGAAAAUGAAACGAAAAAUCGGGAACGCGAAGCUACAAUUUUUGAGAUUUUUCCGCCCUUUAUUAUCUUAUGCUCAUACAAUUUUGUAUUGAACUCCUUUGUUCUUUUUCUUUGCUUUUAUCGAGAAUUUCGGUUUUCCGUGCGUAAAGCUUUUUAGUGCCACAAGAUUACCUUCCUGGUACAGUAUUGGUUCAGAAAUUUCACUGGAGGAAAAUUUCUAAUUGCUCUGUUACUCUCGUGGACGCUGUUUAUCAAUCGAUUUCAGAUUUUGAAAUAGUUGAAGCCAUAGUAACGUUGAUGAAAAAAUCCUUUUUGUGCAGGUUUUUCAAAUUUCGAGAAAUUAUGUGACAAAAUUAUAAAUUAUUUUGAAUACGUUCAAUAUCCAAUGUUUCGAGCAGGUUUUUUGAGUGAAAAAUCCAAUUUUUCAAAUUAAAAUCUUCGCAAACUGGUUUUAUGUUCGAAACUCAUGUCGUGUUCAAGGUACUUUCCUCUUUUUUUAAAUAUCUCUUUGAAGAAAUUUUUUUGACCUGGACCAAGAAAAGUUGGUACAUUUUCUUGAAUUUGAAACUUCAAACUUUCCAUUUUUUUUUUUUCGUUUGAAGGUUCAAUUUGAUCGAGCUCGAACACACAGUUAAAUCAUACAGCAAAAUUGAAGAAGCACAAAGAAAAGGGUCUGGUCCACUUACUCGUAGAAAGGGCCAAGGGGCGUUUUAUUCGAUUACGCUUCUCCUUCUCUUUUUUUUUCGGUCAUAUCACUUUUUUCCCACUUCCAUAUACGUAUUUUGAAUUUUUCUUUGAUUCAAAAUUUUGAGAAGGAAAGAUAAAGAUUCUGUAGUGAAGCUGGGAUCCGAUUGUAUUCUGCUAUAUCACAUUUUCUCUUCCUUAUUUUUCUACUUUGAACUUUUCUCCAGUCCGUGUCUUGGAGUUAGAGAAAAUAAAAGUGCAAUCAAGCCAAGAAGAAAUGAAAACAAGACCUCGAAAAGGCUUAGUUAUUAGGGCGAUUGAAAAGCUUCUUGCACAAGUAGACCUUUUACAUGGAAUUCAACUCAAAUAACACUCCUCUGCCUUUGAAAAAGUUCUGAAUGGUGCAGAGGUAGCAUUUUUGACUAGUAUACUGGGCUCGGAGGUUUGAAUCCUCAGAAUUUUUCUCAUUUUUGACUUGUCAUUUUUUGAUUACUUUUGAACUUUAAUAGAGGCCUAUCAUUAGAUGAAGUACUGAAAAUUGAUAAAUAACUCAAGUUCUCUCAGUUUUUUUGAAAAAAAUUACCAUCUACUGAUUUUUUUGGUCUUUCCUAUCAAGUUUUUCUCGUUUUUUUAAAGUUGUAGGAAGAACCAAAAUUUGGGAAAAAAAGUAAAUAUAGCCGCUUAUUUACUUUUUUUGGCUAUUUAAAAUUUCUUAAGUUUCAAAUUUGAAUAGAAUCAUUCCAAAAAGAUCAGAUAAUCCACUACUUUUUGGGGAUUCUGUAAAAAACCUGAACAUCUUCUUUCAAAGUUUAGCUAGUACAAAAAUCAAUAAAAAAAAAAUAUUAUUGAACAUUUCAGGUAGUUUUUCUAGGUUUUUGAAUUGUAAAAUGGAUCAAGGAUCAAAGAAAAGUGUUAAUUUUUAAUACGAUUCGCAUUAGGUUUCAAGUUUUCGAUCGACUUGAUAAAACUCUCUUUCUUAAAAGCUUUUUGAUGUCUAGCCAAAGAAAAUGAAUGACGGUGUUUCGACGGAACGAAUCUCUUGUAAACAAAGAAGCUGAUAUUUAAAACGGAUUCUUCAUACGUCUCAGACGCCUAUUUUUAAACAUGAAGUGCAAUGCAAAUUUCGUGUUUUUUUUAAAUGGUUUUCACGACUUUCUAGUUAUUUUUUAAAGUUUUUAAUUUUCAGACCGUUUGAAAUCUGCAGUAGAUUUUUGGAUUUUUUUGGAAAUAUGGAUUUUUCUGGUUCCAUUGAAUAUUUUUGAACUAAAAAUAUGGUUUUUUUAGCAAAAAAAUCUUAUUGCGGUACCAAGUAAAUAUUGAGAGUUUCUGCGACUAUUCUUCGAUGAGUGAAAUAAAGUUUUGACUAAAAAUAGAGUAAUUCUUUUCGAUUUUUUGCUUAAAGAAGACUCUGCUGUUUUAAUUUUCGAGUAUUUGCAUCAAUUUUAAUUAUAACAUACAAAAAAAAUCAUAAAUUCAAGAAGAAUUGUGGAAAAAUCUGUAAUCUUUCCUGUGUAAUAUAGAGUUUGGAGUGAAAAAUACGUUUUUCUUUUUUUUCUCGAUUAAAUUACAUACAUUUAUUUCUCUCGCAGCUCCGUUGAACAUCUGGCGCUAGCCAUUAUUCAUUUUUUCGAUCUAAGAUUGGAACAUGUGUUGACGCUGUUGUUGGAUCGGAGUUGCUUUCAGAGAAUGGCUUUUUCUUUGUUUUUUUAAAUUUUUUUAAUUCAUGAUUUUUUUAAUUUAUUUGAAUCAGUUCAAGUAUGAAAAUCUCGGAAAAAAAUUUUUGUAAGAUUCUAAUUUCCUCUUUUUUUCUAGUUUUUGAAAUUGUGCAAGUUAACCUCAAAAUUUAGAAUUUCUAGAAAAAUUAUAGGAUUUUUGAAUUGUAUGAUUUUUUUCAUCAUAUAUAUGAACGAAAAAAAGGGCAAAGAGAUUAUUAUAAAAAAAGUUUCAUUGUCGGUUUUUUUAUGAAGCGUAAAUGGUCUUUGAAACUGAUUUUUUUCUUCACUGCCGAGUUUGAAAUUCAACGGCGCUCUAAUAGAAGAAAUUCGCUCUAACGAUUUUUUUAUUUUUAAUUUUUCAAGUUUUUUUAAAUAUUCGUAGCUUGAGAUCGAUCCAUCUUUUCCUUUCCUCUUCGUGAACUACUUGUCUUCUUCUAUAUCUGGUCCAGCUAUAUUCCAAAAAACCCCUUGAGGGCUCACUUCAACAGCGUUUGGUGACGCUCUAACCACUCAUGUGAUCUCAUCGCAAAUUGUUUUGGCCUCUCUCAAAGUGAGAAGAAGCAAUGGAAAAAAUGCAGAGGUUUUAGGUUUUUUUUCCUUUUCUGUGCGUGAGAGUGCAAAUGAAUGAGAAAUGGUGGCGUUUUUUGACGAGUUUGAGGUGCGGAAAAGAGAGAAGGGGAAAAAAACCGGGGCCAGCAGUACUGGUGUGAGAGCCUCAGGAAUAAGUUAUCUCGUCGGCAUGGGAAAAUCGGAAACCUUGGCUCUCCUUUUCCUAUAUUUCUUUAUGUCACAAUUUUUUCUAGUGAUCGAUUCGAUUCCAUAUGGUUCAUUGUACCUUGUGAAAUUUGCAUAAACAUCCCACAUAAAGGUUUUUUUGAACCGCAAACAUUUUUUUGAUCAGUUUUCUUUCUAGAAACGAGAAUUAUUCAGAAAUUGCUUCAUUGAGAAGUUAAUAUUUUACCGUAAUGAACUUCUUUUUUUGUGAUAAAGUAUAAUUGUUUGGUCCGGAAAGAAAGAAGUCGCUGAAUUGAUGAAUAGUCAUAGCUGAAAUAAUCAUCCUUUCUGAUCGAAAAACUAAAAGAUCAGUGAGUUUUUGAGAAAAUAUGUCUUGAAACCGUUUAUCGAAAUAUUGCGCAAGUGAAGAGAGUUUUGGUAACUCGAGAUUUUUCGAAAAAACGGAGGGGUCGGCCCUCUUUUAGCGGUCACUAAAGAGAAAAAUUCCCCUGAAGGCAUCACUCAAAGAUUUCUCUGUUUGUCUAUUCCUGAGAAAACUUACGACACUCUCAUAAAAGGAGUUUCAUCAAUUAAUUUACCACAAGAUUAUAUUUUUAAAAAGUAUUUUUUUUUCGUGUUUUUCGGAAUCCCCAGUCAAACAGUAGCUUUUCUUUUCAUAUAUAUUCAACAUACAAAUGUAAAAUUGACUAUAUAAAAAUAUUAGGAUGAGUUUUUUCCACUGAAAAUUUUCGAAUUGGUUGACUGAAUCCUUCAUGAGUCGCCAUUGAAGAGAGAACGAAGGCAGAUGCUCAAAUAAUAGAUUCUCUUUGGCUUUUUCCAAGUCAUUCAUUCGCUUUUUCGACGAUUAUUACUCUCGUUUUGAGUAAAUGAAUGUGGAAUAAUGGUAGAAAAUAAGACUAGAGUCAUCAUUUUGGUCUCAAAUUCGAAAAAUUGGAUAUUCUUCUAUCGGCUUUUUUAUUUUGUCGAAAUUGGAAGCAAGCAAGUUUUCUAGUAAUGACAAAAAAACGUAGGGAAAGAAUGAAAGAUUGGUAUAGAAAUAAAAGUUUUAGAAACCGAUAAGAUAAUAGAAAUAGGAAACUCUCACGUAAGAAAGAGCACAGAGAAAGGAAGUUUUAAGUUUUUGUGACGAAGUAGUUUAUUUUUUUCGAAUUUUUGGAAAUUUGAGAAGUACUAAUUUUUCUUAUUUGUUCAAUGCAUUAUAUCGGCCAAGCCUUUUUUAUGUUUCAAAGUGAUCAAUCAGCAUCAUUCUGUAUCUCAAAUUUCCCACUAGACUCCUCUGAAGUUGAAAAAAACUACCCUAAAACAUCGAGAAAAAGCUCAUUAUAAUGAAAUCGAAGGCUAGAAAAUAUUGAGAAUUUUUUCAAAAAGUUGCCGAGUUUUCUGAUAAAUGCAUACACCUCUCUAAACCCCGCAAAAAGAGCGACCUCAAUUGAAAGAGAGAAAAAGUUCAUUAAAAUUAUAUUGAGAGAGAGACUGGAGGAGAAGGCUUGAAAAUAUAUUUAUUUGCGCAAACACACUCCCACACGCUUGUUUUGUCCGAAUCUAUCGGGUGUACUAGAAGACAACCCGGAAAAAAAAGCGGCAGGAAGCUUUCGAAUUGACUCGAUGCCUCUUUUAUAUCUCGAUACCUCCACACUCAUGUCUAACCCUUUUCUUGGCGGUCAUUGUGGGAGUCUGGAAUUUUUCUCAUUUCAUGUACUUCGUGUACGAUGGGAAAAGAAAAAUUUCCAGAUGAUUUUUUAAAUUUUUUGAUUUGACUCAUUCCAAUUGCGACCAAACCGAAACAUUUCUAUACUUUUUUGAGUAGUUUCAAAAUCUUACAGACCAAUCAAAUAUAACAAUUUUUUUCGAUGUACGUCUAAAAUCGAGCAAAUCUGAACACGGUAGUUUAAGCUCAAUUAUUUGGGUUUUUUGAAAGAUUUCUCUUUUAUUCUUGUUCACUGCAUUCUCAAAAUGUUCUUUAAGCAAUGUUAUUGGAUAGCCAUUCCAAAUGCGAUCGUCUUCUGAGAUGAUGGAACUUUUCUGAACUUUUUGCGUCUUCCCGUUUACUUUUCUUUGUAAAAUGAGAGUUACAUGUGAAAGUGGCUUACUUUACAAAAAAAUUAGGCUUUUUCAAAUUCAAUCAUCUUAUGAUAUGAUAUUAAGAUGAAAAGCUGCUCUUAUUUUGACGAGGCCUUCUUUUCUGCUUUCUUUCGAACGAAGUCCAAAUUUUGGUGGAAAAGUAGGAGGACACAAACUGGACCGAAUCCAAACGUGACUCCAAUAAAAUCCGACUUUUUUCACGUUUUCCUGUCGAUCUCCUGGAAAUAUAUGUAUACACUAUAACUGCCAGAAGAGUCACUUAAUUUGCACACGAGUGCGCAGAAAAUAACUCGCCCCUUCUUCUUCCUUUUUUAAUUAAACGUCCCCCGCGACCUCUUCCUUUUUUGGACAUAACUUGGACAUUUUUUGGUUUAGCUAGAGUUGAGUUGUAUUUUUGGUCGACUCUGAGGUUAUCUCUUUGAUAUUCUUUUUUUUUAGUUUUCAUGCUGAGUUUCCCCUAUUUAUGGGUCCUUUUCCUUCAAAAACUGAAGCUUGUCAGCUUCUAUUUUUACACAACGAUGCUAAGAUAGGAAGGGAUCAAUUUCCACACUUAUGGCUCCUGAUCUCACAAGAGCUUAGUUAACCUGCAUUUAUUUUAAUUACGAGAUUUUUUUCCCGGCAAGUUUGGAUUUUUUCUGACAACUUUUGAAUGGGUUUGACCUACAUCGACCUCUGUAUGUAGUUUGAAACACAAUAGUUUUAGUCAAAAUUUUUUUUCGUGCCUGAUUUCACCGCUCUUUUUUCCACUUUUCAGUGUUUUUUCAAAACGUUUUUUUCGAUUUUUGAUUAGAGGUGAAAUUUCUCCUUUUCAGAACAUUUUUUUCUUCGCUUCUCCCAAAUUUUGACCCUUUUUUGCAGUUUUUGAAGUAUAGCCGUGAUUUGCAGGACAUGUUCAUCGGAGAUCAGAGCUCGGAACUCGUCGGGUGAAGUUCACGCCUCCCUGCCGACCGUCUUCGUCUCGGAAUACGACGCCUUCUAUCAAUCACAGCGAUCUUUUCCUGACGAAAGAGGUCUUUUUUCCUUAUUCCGAUACGAAAGCCAAUAUAAAGAUUGAAAAAAAACGUGUAGUCGUUUUUCGAAGUCUUGAAAAGGCCCUGAGACAGCAUCUGAGAGGUCAACACGCGUUUCAGAUUCAAGUUUUUACUCAUUCCAUGCUGCGCCCGACCUUGAGCGGCUUACUAAAAUUUUUUCAUCCACUUUUUUCAUCCCUACCAUCUUUCUGGUGUCAACUUUUUUAUUCAUAAAAAGGAGGAAUCUCUCAAAUUUUCUUGUUUGAAACGCAGACAUUCAGAAAGAUAUUCAUCAAAGUUUAGAUCUUCUGGCGCGAAAUUUUGUCGGGAAUUCUGAAAAUCUUCGCAUUUUUGACAUUUGGAACGCUAAUUCGCAAAAAAAUUUCAUUUUGGUAAUUCAUGAAAUUAUUCGGUUCCCGUUUAGUGAAAAAAAUCGCUCGAGAGACACGUGAUUUCUUUUUCGAAACAGUUUAAAUUUUUUUAAAACUUGACGAAAAAAAUUUCAUGAGGACUUUCUUCAGAAUUUGCACAUUAAAGUAAGGGAUUUUUUUGAAAUCACUAUCUUGGUUUUUAAUGUGAUUUUAUACGUUUUUAUUGUGAACUUUUUAGAGAAAAGCUUUUAGAAAUUUCGCAAUGUAAAGAAAACGAUGAAAUUAUGAGCCGGCAAAAAUGAUUUCCGCUGAAAGGAGUCGAACCCUGGUCACAAUAUUGACAUUGCGCAAGAGCCCACUACCACUACACCACGCCGCCAAUUUUUAGCCGAAGGCUCCGAGCGCGCACAUAUACUUGACAAGUUUAGACGAGCUUUUUGUCGGUUGCUCGAGGGGUUUAGCCGAAUUUCCUUUCUGAUUCCGAUAACUCUUACCCAGACCUAUCAAACCCACCAAGUCUCAAUUCUCAAAUCGAUUUUCAGAAGAGACCAGUUAGAUAAGGAACUCUUAAGAAAUAGUGGAAGUUUAGAGAACGACAGCCUCUUCGACGACCACUACGAACAGCAACAUCCAUUACGCCAUCGGCUUUCCUCCACCAUGAGCGGAUUAACUUUCCAGGUAGUCUGUUACCUGAAGAUUGUAUUCCGGAACACAAAUUAGCAUAGUCGACUUUCUUCUUUUUUUUCUCCCACCUGUUUUUUUAUCUUUCAGGAAGAUGACUGAGUUUUCGAUUUAAAAAAAAAAUCAAUCUUUUUUUCCAAUGACUGGUCAAUUUUCAGCUCCAAUCCGGAAUCCACAAAAAGACACUCAACUGGGAUACCUUGGAAAUUUCUCUCCGUGAUCUUCGAUCGGAAGCCUGGAAAUUCAUACAGGACAUUGUGGGUUUCUUUUGAUUUUUAUUCGAGAAUUCAUUGAAUUAAUGGGGAUUAGUCCAAUAUUUGAGGUUAUUUAAGGAUUGGCUAAUCUUUUAAUGUAGAUUAUAUGGUUAACAAGGGAUUUGAUAGGAUGCAAAAGUUUUUUUGAAAAGAAAAUUUUAGGUUUCCAAAGGGAGAUUCGGGUUUUUUUUGUUGGAAAAAAAAAGUUUUUUAUCGUCUUUUCCUAUUGAAAAUGCCAGGUACCUUCAAAAUGCAGAAUAAUACACGGUUUUCGACUUCAAACAACAAAGAACUACAGUAAGAUUAGCCUUUAAAAUUCACUGAAAUACACUACGACUGCGCCAUUAAAUUACAGUAAACUACAGUUUUCACCCCCCCCCCCUUUGAAACAGAAUUCAAGGUUUUCAAAAAAAUGUCAACCAAAAUUUUGUAGGUCCAGUUUUUUUCAGAUCAAACUUCAAUUUUCCAGACAAGUUUUUUUUAAAAUGAAAUUUGAGUUAAAUGUUGGCGAAAAAACAACAAAACCUGCUAUUAGGCUUUAAUAACAGUGGAAUUAGUUAUUUCCACCCGUCAGAUACUUUUAGUUACGAAGCUUGAAAAAAUAUUCAGUGGGGUUUUUCGACUCAAAUUUUAAAAGACAAAUAAAUUCGAUAGAAUCGAGAAAUGAAGUCAAUUCAUGAAUAAAUGGACAUCGAACCCUUUUUCGUUUCAAGAUGUUUUCCGUUUUUGACAGCGAAAGAAAUACUGAUUAAUUCUCAAAGGGAGUUCUACAGUACUUGGAUUAUCCGUUUAAGUCGUUUCAAGACCGCAAUUUGCAGAUUCUUUAAAAUUAUUUCCUUUAAAAAACAUAAAUAAAUAAACGAAGCGUAAAAAACCUGAAAUGAUUUUCUAAAAGUGCUUUACAGUACCAGGAUCAUCCGUGUCAGUCUCUACAAGACCACAUUUUGCUGUACAAGCACGAUCUCCGGUCCAUCAACAUCCUCCAGCUCAUCACAACCAGUUCAGAUGUGAUCGAUGGAACCCUGGUCGAGAUCGUCAUCAGCUGUACGCUCAUUUUGAUUUUUUCUCAUUUUUUGAAGGUUGAGGUAGAAACGAUCAGUUCAAAAAGUAA